AUGUGUACCAACUCUGUUCAUCAGGAGUUAAAAGAAAUAUUUAAUUAUCGUCGAGUAGAAUUGAAAAACUUUUAUUUUUUACCCAAAAGACCCUCUAUAGAAAAGUUCAAAAACGACAUGUUUCACUUUUCUGUAAACGUUGAUCUAUAUUUCCAUGUCUCAUACACUACUUAUUUCAACAGAGAAGAAAUAGAAAGAAAACUUUUGCAACUACCAUUCACUAUGUCCUUAAGAGGUUUCAUAGAUAAUGAUACCAAUAAUUUAUAUGAAUCAAAAGGAAUUAGGUUCUCUAAUCUGAGUCAAAUGCUACUAUCAGAGGAUUGUAUUUUUAGAGAAGAAAUGACUAAGUUUCGUAUGUUUAAAAAUAAUGUUCUUGAACAUAGUCCUCCAUUACUGGUUUAUGUGAGUCCUCUACUAUUGUGUAGACAGAAAAAGAUGCUGCAAUCAGAGGUCAUAAUAGACUUGAUCAAUUAUCGUAUAAUAUCAAAGAAAACGAACGAAAUGUUUCACAUUGGUGACUUUGUUUUUGACUUAGAACUAGCAUUUCGAGUUUGUUCAUAUGAAAGUCAGUUUGUGAUUGAUUCAGUAGACAUGACAAAUGUACUGGAAACCAUAACAACCAUUUUGAAUAUCAUCAGCAUCAUUUCAAUGGUAGCGCUUUUGAUUCUUUACAUGGUAGUUCCGGGGUUACGAACACUACCAGGUCUUAAUAUCAUGAGCACAACAUUUUCUCUUCUUUGCAUGCAAAUAACAUAUACCAUUGCCAACGUUAUGGAAAAGUCAACUCUCUUUUGUACGAUAACAGGAAUAUUGUUGCAUUAUUUCUGGUUGGCCUUGUGUUGUUGUCUAUUUACUUGUUCACUACACAUGUGUCGGAGUUUUUCAGGUCAAAGAGGAAAUAUGCACAGGCAUACAAAAAUUUAUACCAUUUUCGGUCGCUAUGUUAUCAUUUGUUACACCGCACCGAUUUUUUUAAUUACCACUAAUAUUAUUCUCACUUAUUACAUACAGAACAAAAUCGGGUACGGUACUACCUUGUGCUUUGUUGAGGAUUUCGUUCAAAAUAUCGCCACUUUUAUCGCACCUUUACUUAUUACAUGUGUUCUUAACAUUGUCAUGUUUACUAUAACCGCCACAAACAUCAAAUAUGUCAAACACAUACAAAAGUCAAAAGAAGAUAAAUCCGAGAUUGUUAUUUUUCUCAAACUAUUUAGCUUAACAGGAAUUGUUUGGGUAUUUCAAAUUCUAGAUGGCAUAUUAAACGUAUCUGUCUUCUCGUUUGUCGUCAUAAUACUGACCUCUUCACAAGGUACCCUUAUUUUUCUGAGCUUUGCAUGUUCUUCAAGGAUUCUUAACUAUUUUAGAUCAAAAAAUGAAAAUAAAACUAAAGGGGUUUUUAUUGAAGGAAAGCAGAUCAGAGAUAAUGUAAGCGAUACAUCCCAACAACACCACACAAAAAGUUCUACGUUCCACGAUUCAAGUAUCACAAUAUGAUUCUGUUCUUUUCUACAAUAUUGAAGCUAAUAUCUAAAACUACGAAAUCUCAAUAGCGUAUUUUAGCGUUUCAUUUUAACACGGAAGCAUUUAUAAAAUGUUUACGAAUCCUUUUAUACUCAAAGCUAACUAUCAUAAGUAAGAAAGAAAAUCUAAAACAUUGAUUUGCAUCUAUUAAAAAAUGAUAAUCGAAUUUCCCUUGGGAAUUUGUCAUAUGGU